AAACAUACGCACUUGUUCCCUCUCACGGGUUCCUCGCAGUCUACAGACUACAGUUUUCCACAGUAUAGUAAUAAUAAUUGGCACCUCACUCAAUCACUCUUCUUUUCUACGCUUUUCUUUUUCUUCAAUUCUUCAUUUCAUUUACCUUUCAACUUACUCUUCUACCAAAGGUUUGUGGAAGAACAACUGAGCUGUUGAUCUAAAUGGGUGUAACAAGGGAAAUCAGAAAGUUAUCAGAUUUUCAAGAAUUUGAUCAACAAUGGAGGGUUUCAAUGCGUUGGCUUUGGGUUGGUGGCGGUUUCUUGCUCCCUUGUUAAAGAGAGAGAACUUGGAUUCUGAACUUAGAUAUUGCAUUUUAUUUUGUGAAACUUUAUUUCGUUUCUAGUAUUGAUUUGUAUGAUUUGAUUGAAUUGUUCAUUGUAAUUUGCUAAUUAAAGUUCAGUGCAACAACGUUUAGUUAAAUAGUGAUUAUUAGGGCGUUAGGGUAUUUGUAGGGAGUAAUUGACAAUGUGGACUGAUCAAUGAUUUUUUAGUAAUUAAGGAUUUAGAUGAAGUCGCCGAGUAAGAAAAGGAAGGGAGUAGAGGAGCUAUUGAAUGGUGGGAAGUACUCUUCGUCGAUAGCAAUAUAUAGGUCUCAUGUAUCUUUAGAAGAUUACUCGAGGCUACGAAAAAGGGGCAAGGAAAAUGUAGCUAGAGAUGAUGGUAGAUUGUCUGAAAGUAGGGUGAGUGGAGUCGUCACUGCUCCACCUUGCGGUAGCUUACCUUCUGGCUCACCUGCAAGAGGUCUCAAAAGAAAGAUAGGAUGUAUUGAUGCAGCUACAAGAACAGGACGAAAGAAGAAGAUUGAGCAAGAUUAUAAUUUGGGUGCUACGAUUGGAAAAGGAAAAUUCGGGUCUGUAAGAAUGUGCUGGAGCAAAGCAAGUGGUGAGGUGUUUGCUUGUAAAACUUUAUCCAAGGGGGAAGAACCUGUGCAUCGAGAGGUGGAGAUUAUGCAACAUCUGUCUGGACAUGUGGGAAUUGUCACACUCAAAGCAGUUUACGAGGAUGCUGAAUCUUUCCAUCUUGUGAUGGAAUUUUGCCCAGGGGGAAGGUUGCUUGACCAAAUGGCAAGAGAAAGGCAGUAUUCUGAACAGCAGGCUGCUAAGAUAUUAAAGGAACUUGUUAUGGUUAUCAAAUACUGCCAUGAUAUGGGUGUUGUUCAUCGUGAUAUAAAGCCAGAGAAUGUUCUUCUUACAUCCUCAGGGGGGUUGAAACUUGCAGAUUUUGGCCUCGCAGUUAGGAUUGUUAAUGGUCAGAGCCUGUCUGGUGUGGUUGGAACUCCAGCUUAUGUUGCUCCUGAAAUUCUGGCGGGUGAAUAUUCAGAAAAAGUUGACAUCUGGAGUGCUGGUGUGCUUCUUCAUGCUCUGCUGCUUGGUGUUUUACCAUUUCAAGGAAGCUCUUUGGAGGCUUGUUUCGAGUCCAUCAAGAGUGUGGAACUUAAUUUUGAUAGUGGCUUAUGGAUAUCAGUUUCACAACCUGCCAAGGAUUUAAUUGGUCGUAUGCUAACAAGAGAUGUUUCAACAAGACUAUCUGCUGAUGACGUACUAAAACAUCCGUGGCUUUUGUUCUACGCUGAUCCACCAUUGAAGACACUGACCUCUAAAUCAACACCGAGCAAAAGUAGGAGAAUGACUUUACGUGACAUGACUGUAGAAAGGACUGAAUCAGGGAAUAAAUCAGUUGGUUCUCAAAGAGCUGACUCAGACAUUGACUCGUCGACAAGUAGUUCAUCCAAGUUAGAAGAGGACAGUGGAUUAGUGGAUGCUCUAGCAGUUGCAGUUUCCUGCAUGAAUAUCACUGAAACAAAGAGAAUUAGAUUAUUCAACCCAACAAGUUCUAUUUCACAUGAGUGUUCCUCUAAUAUAAAAGCUAAUCUCUGUACAGCUUUCUGAAGUAGUGCUUCUGUAACUGUUUUAAGCUGCCGGGGUUAAUAAUAACUUAACCAAGGUAAUGUUUACCGGCCCAGAGCAAGCUUAAAUCAGAACUUAGAUUACAGUUACGACAUUAAUAUAUUCUUGACCUGUUAAAAUGUUUUUAUGAAUCGAUAAGAAGGUUCUGAUCUUUCUGGUAAGGUGUGCAUAUUUUCUUAUGUGAGUUAGCUAAAUUUCUGUAAACAAUGGGAUGUGAUAAGUUACUAUCUUUAUUUGGGUGCAUCUUUUGAUCUUGA